GACCACGGACGGCAUGGCUGGCUACAAAAUACCGGACUAUCUAGAGAACUACAAAAGACUGGUUAUGCACAACCAGUUCUUCCACUUCACAGACAAGCGAUGGACCCAGAUUCUGUAUGACGAUCGGGAGAACGAACUAAUUACCGUCUAUGCAGUAUUCUGGGCUUAUAUCAUCCCCAGGAGUGUAUCCAUCCAACGGCUCGAGAUUGCAGUCCAGUGGAGUCACUGGCUCUGUCGUUUCCGAGAGGCCUGCCGUUGCGCCAUCAAGUCUAGUGAGCUCGCCAGUGUCUAUGCUCUGGGAUGUAUAAACGGAAUGGACGCUGUAGUUAGAGGCGAAGAGCCGGAAAUAGAAGGCACGGAGGAGUGGAGGAAGAUUUAUCUUUUCUACGAUACAUUUCGAAAGAGAAUGUACGAAACAACCGAGCCUGAGUUCCACGAUCGUUUUCGAACGGACAUGGAGUCCAUGUUAAGCUGCUACUUAAAAGAGGUGCACACUGAUCUGUUUCAUAACGUUCCAGAAUGGACUUCCCACCAGAUCAGAGCCUCCGGAGGGCGUAUCAUAUGCCGUCUUGUCGAGUGGAUGAACGAUAUUCAGCUCUCGAACAAGAUGAUCGAAGGUCCAAAAUUGGUAGAGAUGGAAGAGUGUAUUGGCAACAUCAUAUCCUGCCAAAAAGACAUAUUCAGCUUUCGAAAAGACUAUAUCGCUGGGAACGAGAAUGCCACGUACAACACUGUCCAGAUCAUAAUGAUGUGGGAGGGAAAAGAACUACAAGAGGCCAUUGACCGUACCCAUAAACUUGCCAUGGAGCACUUGUACCGCGUUCAGGUGCUGAAUAGAGAGAUAGUGCACCAGGUCUUCGAGGACAAGUUGUGCAUUCUCGAGGUAACCGAAUACGUCGCUGCGCUUGAGCGAAUAAUACUGGCAAAUGUUCAUUGGCGGUCUGGGAACAGGCGCUCUUUUCCUGAUGUGGAGAUGGCGGAUGUUGUGACGAAUACACUGGUGGUCACCAUUCCGCCGGUAUAGGAAUCAAGGCAACUUGGCCUCUAUACGAGUUCACGCCAGGUCAAAAUCGAGACAUAACGCUGAGACGGAAACCAAUCUCGAAGAAGGAGACCCGAUCGUUGUUUGUACCUGACUCAUGCAAAGCCGUAGCUCAAAUUCUGCGAGCUGGAUACGAUCAUGUUCCCCGUGAGGAUAUGGAAAUAUAGUCAACCAUCAAGCGCAUGAGGUUAUUCCCCUAAUUUUCCUUACUUUCGCUCUGCAUAUUCUUUCAAAACAAGCUGCAGGGAUUUCGAAACGAUGCAAGCCAGUGGAGUGUCAUCACGUACGGCGUCGCUUUGCGGGCGGCAGUCUGUGGAAGUUCGUUGCCACGGCGCGUACUGUUGCACGUCGCGUCCGAAAGCACUCGCAUCCCCUCCCGCAAAGACUU